AUGGCAGACCCAGUCGACACUAUCUCAGUCAGCCAAACCAUCCAAAAGCUUCAAGGAAACGUCGCAGUCGUCACUGGUGGAGCCAGUGGCAUCGGUGAAGCAACCACACGGAAAUUUAGCUUGCAUGGUGCACGUGUCAUGGUUAUCACCGAUGUUCAGGACGACAAAGGCCAAAAUGUAGUCGCAUCGAUCAAUCCUAACCACUCCAUUUACAUCCACUGCGACAUGACCGACGAGGACCAGGUUAAAAUCUUGGUAGAAUCCACAGUCAAGAUCUACGGCCGCCUCGAUAUAAUGUUCAGCAACGCCGGCAUUGGCAGUGCGUCAAAGCAAACCGUGAUGGACCUCAACCUUUUCCUCAUUCAUGCUCAUCGUGCUCGCCAGUUGAGUUUCGGAUUGUAUGGAAUGGACGAGUCACACUGCAGCUCUGGAACGGUCAUCGGAUUCAUGGGCAGGAUAUUCUAUUAUGAUGAACACAUGGAAGAGAUAUGA